ACGAGCAGAGCAGUGGUCAUAAUGAUUCCUCUGAGCCUUUCCCUGGCGGUAAUAUGUGUUUUGAGUUUUUGGACUAUAGAAUACGCUGCAGGCUGUGGUGAUCAACAAACUUUAAUAAAUGGCCGGUGCUGUAACCUGUGUCUCCCAGGUACAUACAUGACGGCGUUCUGCUCAGAGCACCAGCAAACUGUCUGUAACACCUGUGAGGAGGGCUACUACUCAAGCCAUCCUAACGUCUUUGACAGAUGUGAGGAAUGCCAGUCAUGCCAACAAGGGUAUACUCAGAAAUGUAUGCCGACCACAAAUGCUAACUGUUCCUGCCACUUUGGUUUCCUGUGCUCCAACAAUCUCUGCUCACACUGUGAGGAAAACAAAUGUGUCACCGGGGAGAAACUGAAGAGAACAGUCACUUCCUCAAGCAAAGGUCUGAUAAAGUAUUCAUAUCAGUGUGAGCCUUCAUGCCCUGAUAAUGCAUAUUUUGAUGUGAAAGAGGAUGUCUGCAAGCCAAGAACACAGUGCAGUAUUGAAAAGUUUCCAGGCAACAAAAGCCACAAUGCAGUUUGCUUUGAACAUGAGACGCACAUAAAAGGUGGAGACUUCAUCAGCGUGCUCCUUGGCAUCGGCUUUGUUUUGCUUUCUCUCACCCUCCUUGUGUUUCUAUCUCAUGCCUUUAUAAAGAACCUGAGGAAGCAAAAUUCACAUAAUAAUCCUAUCGACAUCGUCACAGGCUUCACCAGUACCAAUGACUUUCACCUGUCAAAGGAGGAGAGUGGGCUCGGGCUCAUCAUGAAGGAUGAAUCCAUGAACAGGAACAGUUUUUGCCUCCUGCAUCUGGAAAAAGUCACUGUUUCUUAACAAAGACGUCUAAGAUGACAUGGUCAGUCUGUUCAACCACAAGUAGUAUAAUAAUAUUAAUGUGGUACAAAGCAUCUUGCUCGGUAAGAGAAACCUGUUAAGGUUAGAGAUAAAAGUCCAUGGUUAGAUCUUUAUCAGGACAAAUCUAGGCAGUUAUUCCGUCCUCAUUGCCAAUAUUGAGGUGCCUUUUAGCAAGGCACCCCCCAUCUGCUCCAGCAGAGCUACUCAGUGGUCAACAGAUUACAUGUGCAGGUUUGAUUGUGUGUAACGUAUGAAUUAUAAUAUAUUUUUAUAAUGUAUAUAACGUUAGUGUAGCGUAUGAAAAUAGUAAGAAAUGGUAAAUAUUGAUGUGAAACUCUAAAUGAUUAACAACUGUGUCCGUGUGUGUGUGUGUCCAACUGUGUUCAUGAAUAUAUAGAUGUUCCAAAGA